UAAAACUAAAAUUGUGCAAACCGUAAGUAACGCGUUAAAUUUCAACUUGUAAUCGUAACUUGAAUGUUUGUUACAGUUAUUCCAGAUCUAAUCCAGGCCAUUAAUUUGACAAAUAUCUCUUCGUAGAACUGUUACAUUACUACGGUAUCUAUGAAUAUGUAAUGUUUGAUGUACAGUACUAAUAGUGAUGAGCCGGAACUACAUUUUGUGUCUGCCGCUACCGACCAUUGGGGAAUUUUUUUAUCGUACGGCUAGUCUCGUUACUAUUAUCUUACAAGCGGUUAUCCUGGAUUGGUACUUGAUUUACUACGGCAGCAAGACUUCUUACGGCUGGAUUGCGGCGGAUUGUAUCGUGAUAGCAACGUUUGUGGUCUCCUAUGUUUAUGCAGAUCUCUACUUCAAAAGCAAAUCAAGCGAAAAACCAGAUCCAGUUUCCGUUCCUUUACGUACCGUAACCAUCGGCGCGGAUGAUGCCAACAAAACCGAUCCGAAUGAACAGGAUGAAAAUAACCGGAAAUUGGCGGAAAACGAAAACGUUGACGAUGCGGACGAUGAAUACCACAAAGAGCAGUAUGAGGAAAUUUGCCGUAUUAUCGGAGAAGAAAGUAUUACGAACAAUAACCGAAAUGUUGCCGAAAAUAUCGCUUUAUCUGACCGGCUUAAUAAAGCGCGCGAUGACAAAAAGAUGCAGCAUCUCAAAACGGGAAGACUGCGGACUAAAUAUAAUCUGGGAGCACUUCCGCUGGCGUACAUCAGCUGGGCAAUUUAUUCCUCGAUACUGAUAGCCAAAAUGCUAGUUAUCCUGUUGCGGCACGGCCACCAGCUGGACGUGAAACUGCUCUUCAAGUCCAACAUGCUGGAGCUGGCGUUUGUUAGCACAGCCUGUGUAUUUGCAUUCGUGGUGUUGGGACAUAAGCAGAUUCCCCGCGGACAGGAACAGCAAAAAACCGUCAUCGAUUAUCUGACCGGGAGGGUGCUGAUGGAUAUAAUUGAUUCCAUGGAAUUACUGGAUUUCGUGUAUGAAUCCGCUAUGGAUAGUGAGGCCGAGAAGCGUCAAAAGAUGGAGCCGGCGGUCAAGUACGCUAUACUACUGUUUGUGUCCAUCCAGAUUUUUCUGCCGACAAUUGGCUUAUUCCAGUUGAGCGCCACGAAUUUCGCGCAUGAUCGACCGCGGAAAAUUUGGACAAUGAUCCAUCAGAUGCUGAAUUUGUUCCUGGAAAAUAUUCCUUUUCUUACAAUUCGUAUUUAUCUCUGGUCGAUGAACCAGUUUACCGAAAGCACUUUUGUAUUUAUUGUGAAGAAUGUUUUCGAAAUUACUAUGAAUGAUUGGGAUUUUGUGAUAUGGCUGAAAACGUGGAUUACGACGAAAUUAUCCAAACGCGAGGGCACACCGCCCGCAGCAACGUAAUUAAAAUUUUUCUUAUACCGUUCCAUCUGUGUAAUAUGUUAUAUUACGAGAAACAUAAAGGUAGAAAAAGAUUACUGUAAGUG